UUUUAUCUGCAUUUGAUGCCUUAUACUUGGUUCCCCUAAAGGAGUACAAUUAAGAUGCAUUCCUGUAUCAAACUGAUGUUGUUUCAUUUUUGUUUCAUAUCAACAUGUUUCGGUCUUUUGGCUAUGGAUUGCGGGAGGAAAUGAACUACAUGUAUCUGGCAAAUCGAUUGUUCUGCAUGGGAAAAUCGAGAUUAUGAUGGCUUGGUGACAGUAUAUCCAGCCAAGUUCCAGAGAAGCCACCUCACGUUUUCCAUGAAUAACCUAGCAAAUGCAAGGAAGCUUAAAGUUGGUUUAAUUGGCUUUGGAGCCCUUGGGAUGCGCCUUGCUGAAGCACUAGUUGACAGUGAAUUUAUCGAUCUUGUCGCCAUAAUCACUGAUUGUCCUAUCUCUGAUAUGCAAAAGGCCUGGAAAAAGAGUGUCAUUAGCUUAAGGAUCGAAGGUGACAGAACCAUUGCCUUUAAGAAGCAAAACAAGGGUGCCGAUGAAGAAGUUCUGGUACGAGUAGUCCGUGACAGGGUUUCGUGGGAUGAAGUGCCUAUUGAUUAUGUUGUCGAUUCACUGCAUAUUGUGACUCAUAACAAACAUGUCAUCCACUCAAUGGCUUACGAAGGUGAGGAUAAGGCCAAGGCUUAUUCGCUAGUUCAUGAUGAUGAGGGCACCUGUAGCCAGAUUCCCAAGGUCACUACUGCAAUGGAACUCAAGUUCAAAUACGUGAAGAUUGUCGUGACUACUGCUGGUACAAUUGAGGCUCUGAAGUCAAACCUUGCAGAGUGGGACCAUGAAGGAUCUUCUGCACGUAUAUGCUUCCUGGCUCAUAAUAACCCUACGGAGAGAAUAUGCGACCCCUUCACAGAUAAGUCUGAUAACAACAGUGUGGAUGCCAGUAAUCGAGCUUCCGCUCUAUUGAGAAUCUUUAUUGAUCUCAUCAGACAUGUGCCAAUCAGUGGCUGCCAACUGGAGCUUUAGUGAAGAUCACCUUGUUUUCCUCCCAGGCUACUGAUGAGUGAGGUCCCAUUCCAUACAUAAGAGUUCACACUUUGUAUAUAGUCAUAGCUCCUAUACCAGCUGUAAGAAACAAGGGCCAUGCAUAGUUUCUCGUCUCUGAAUUGCAUGUGUCGGUACUUUUCCAAGGACUACAAUUACACGGAUGAUGCAAAAAAAAAUUGUGGUUUGCAAUAAUCCUCACGCUUAAGUUUCAUUCUGAAUGAAAAGGAACUCUUGUUUCUACAUAAUUUGUUAGGUAUUGUGUUUUUGCUCGUGGACUGUAUGACAUUGCAUUGUCUUCGGAACCUGAGAUCACU